AAAAAUCCUUUGUUUGAAGGAAAUGUUCCGGUGGCAAAUCUCCCUAUGGCCACAUUUGCUUUAACUCUUGGGAACGAGCCAAUGUCAUCUUGCCCACCAAAUCCAACUAUUAUUGGAGCUUCUGGGACAAAACCAUUUGUUCUGAAUGCUGGUGUUGCUACAGUUCAAUCUAAUGAAAAUGAUCAAGUAGAGACUCAAGUGGUUAAGUCAACUAUAAAGGAUGAAGACAAGGCAAUUAAAGUGAAGGUGCAGUUGAUGGAGGAAACACUAAAAUCGAUGCUAGGUGUCCAAGCUAAUAAACUGGUUGACAUCUCAUUUUCGUGCCUUUUCCCAAACAUUCAACUGCCCCAUAAGUUUAAAUUGCCUAAAUUUGAUAAGUACAAUGGCACCGGUUGUCCUUAUGCUCACUUGACAAUGUACUACAGAAAGAUGGCUUCUUAUGCCAAUGAUGAAAAGCUAAUGAUACAUUACUUUCACGACAGUCUGAUAGGUCCUACAGAUGCUUGGUUCUCUACUUUAGACAAAAGAAGGGUCAAAAGUUGGCAUGAUUUGACUUACAAUUUCAUGAAGCAAUAUGAAUACAACACAUCAUUAGCUCCUAGCAGAGAAGAUCUUCAAAAGACAGAAAAGAAAUCAAGUGAGAGCUUUAAGGAAUUUGCCCAAAGAUGGCGUGGAUUGGUUGCUCGGGUUAAACCUCCACUGACUGACCAUGAACUGACUGGUCUUGUUACUUCUGUACCUAUGGUGCCAUUAAAUCCACCAUUUCCAACAUGGUAUAACCCACAAGCAAGAUGUGAAUACCAUAGUGGAGGUAUUCGGCAUGACCUUGGAUUGUCUUGCUUUGAAGCACUAAACCCCUUACCAACACACGAUGGUUCAACAGUCAAUAUAAUUGAGAAGGAUUUUGAGGAAGGUCAAGAGGUGGCUGCAGUUACUCUCACCAAUCAAGUUUCAUCAACUCCUAGAUAGCCUUUAAUAUUGAAGGGGGUAACACUUACAGUUUCACUCAGACAAGGUUGAUCUUAGAACUGCUACUAAUGAGGGCUUGAAUAAGUGAACAAUGGAGUUUUUCCCUAUUGCUAUCAUUUUGGACUAAAAUGUGUCUAUCAUG